CAUAUUACUCUUGGAGACGCAGAGGGUGCUGUAGUGCUUGCUCCUGGUGUCACAUUGGAGACCGUGAAGGUAUUCUUCCACGAAGCGCACCGAGAACCCGCAGCGUUAGCCCCCCUGCUGCAGCCAUGGACUUUCUCAAAUCAGCCGUUGCAUCUGCCAUCGCCAAAGGCAGUUCGUUUCCUUGUUCUCUCGGGGAGAGAGUCGAUAAUGGCGACUCGAUUUGGACGCUCCAUAAUGCAACGAAACGGGAUGAUGGUUCAGAAUGCAGCGUCUUUACCUUCGACAUCUCUGCGAAUAGGUCCCGUUUACCACUAGCCAAGAACGCUGUUCGAAAAUCGCGGACUUUGAGGCAUCCAGGCGUGCUCAAAGUCCUGGACACCAUCGAGACAGAUACGAACCUCUACAUCAUCACCGAACGCGUGACUCCCCUCUCCUGGACAGUGAGAAGGAAAAGUAUAAGUGAAGAAACCGCGAAGUGGGGUCUAUAUGCGAUUGCGUCGACGCUCAAAUUCAUCAAUGAAGAUGCUUCCUCAGUUCACGGUGUAGUGAGAGCGUCAUCUGUAUUUACGAGUCAGAGUGGCGAGUGGAAACUUGGAGGAUUUGACGUUCUAAGUUCCAUGAAUGAUGAGGAUGCGGUUAUAUACACAUACGGCAGCCUUGUUCCAGAUUCAGCCCGUUAUAGUCCGCCGGAGAUUGUUAAGGGAGGCUGGGAUUCAAUAAAGCGCAACCCCCUAGGUGCUGUUGAUGCCUAUGGACUCGGCAUUUUGGUAUUUGAAGUCUUCAAUGGCAGUUCCUCUGGAGGUGACCAAAUUGGGAAAACGGCAAAUAUACCCCCAAGUAUGCAUCAGAGUUACAAACGUCUCUGCACGGCAAAUCCAAAACUACGGUUGAGUCCUGGGAAUUUCGUAGAACAGGGCAAAAGAACCGGCGGCUUCUUUCAUACCCCAUUGAUUCGAUUGACAGAUGACAUUGAGAGCCUCGGCUUGAAGGACGACGCUGAAAGAGAAGAGUUUAUCAACCAACUUGACGAGCUCUCGGAAGAUUUCCCCGAAGACUUUUUCAAAAUGAAAGUACUCCCAGAACUUCUCAAAUCGGUCGAAUUUGGAGGGGGUGGCCCAAAAGUACUCGGGGCCAUAGUGAAGAUUGGAAGCAAGCUGUCGCAGGACGAGUAUAACUCUAGGGUGACACCUGUUAUUGUCCGCUUAUUCUCAAACCCAGACCGAGCAUUGAGGGUUUCGUUACUCGAAAAUUUAUCUUCAAUGACCGACUUCCUGCCGCAGAAGAUCGUCAAUGACAAGAUCUUCCCACAAAUGACGUCUGGGUUUACCGACGCUGCACCUGUUGUUCGAGAGCAGACUGUCAAGGCUGUUUUACCUGUUAUAGGCAAACUGAAUGAUCGGACUGUUAAUGGAGAUUUGCUGAAGUUUCUGGCACGAACGGCAAACGAUGAGCAGCCGGGCAUUCGAACAAAUACGACUAUUUGUCUGGGCAAGAUAGCCAAGAAUCUGGGACAGAGUUCCAGAUCGAAAGUGCUCAUAGCUGCUUUCUCGAGGGCACUGCGGGAUCCUUUUAUUCAUGCUCGAAACGCAGGCCUGCUGGCUCUGGCAGUGACAAUCGAGUUCUUCACUGAAGAUGACUGCGUGAACAAGAUUCUUCCUGUUAUCUGUCCUACACUUCUGGAUAAGGAAAAGCUUGUGAGAGAUCAGGCAAACAAGACCUUGGAUCUAUAUCUUCAACGUGUACGGGAGUAUAGCAGUACCAUGCCAGAUUCAGUGCUGCCUCCACCAAGCAGCUCUGGCCCAACAUCUAAUGACACGGCCCGUAUUGGGACUCCAAGCGACAAGUCUUGGGCAGGAUGGGCAAUUUCCUCCUUCACAAAUAGAAUCACUACAACAACUGGUGAAAUCCAACCAACCGCCAACGGCAGCGGGACUGCCGCGAAUGAUGCAUCCCGAUCUACGUCUAUUCCUCGUUCGUCCAAGUCAACACUCUCAAGCGAAUCGGAUAUUUCGAAAGAGACACUACGGCCUACGUCUCAACCAUUUGGACGAUCAUCUUCGGACCAAACCGUACAGGUCACAGACACGGAAGAGCAGAAGGGUGCAGAACAUUUCUAUGACAGUUUGGAUGACAUUGCCGGUAAUGACAAUGAUAAAAAUCAUGAUCAAGAAGAAGGCCUAGAUGCAGACCCAUUCGGCACCGUACCAAAUGCCAAACCCUCAACUGUUGGCACCUCGACACAUCGACCCGCGCCAGCGCCAGUCCCCUUCGACGAUGGUGGAGAGCCCGAUUUUGCUGGCUGGUUAGCUGCUAAAACGAAAGCCAAAGCGAAGAAACCAUUGCCAAAGGGCAUGAUCAAAAAUGCUUCGAUGAAAGGGCUACCAUCGAGGAGUGCUGCCACAGCCAAGCCUAGGCGUAUUGUAGCGCCCCCGAAGGUGAUCGAACCAAAGCCGGCUGAACCGCAGCCAGUCGAAUCGCAACCGAAGAAUGAUAAUGAUGAUGUUGAUGACGACUGGGGAGCUUUUUAGCUGAUAGAGAUGAUGGCGACUUUCUACAUGUGUCUGUUGAUGUUCUCGAGGGCGUGGAGUUUGGGAGGAACCUGCAACGGCCGAGUAAUUAAUCGCGGAUAUGAUAUAUCAUUUCGUAAUAUAUACUCCAUAGAUAAUCAAGCGGUGGUCUAAUAUUUGUUUAAAUUUUAUUAUUACUUUUUGGC